AUGACAGAGCUCAUUCGCCAAGUGACGAAUACAAAGUGUUGGUACGGAAUUCCGGCUUUUGCUUUCGAUCAAGCACUGCUCUGGCAUCCAAAGGAACAAGUUCAAAGAAGGAGAGAUCUUGAUGGAAGUGAGCUCUUUUCCAGCUGGAGCUGGGCGGGUUGGAAAGGGGCCUGUGAUUACCUAGGCCGCGGCUGGUACAACGGCCUGUGUCGAUACCCCGUCUCAGUCGUGCAUUGGGUCCAACAAAUGGAUCCCGCAAAAUUCCCUGCAAAACUUGGAGACAACGCGCUUUCAGGCGCGCCGCAAGGAAUGACCACCGAGCAGCUGAGAGAGGAUAUCUUCAGCGGCAAAUGGAAACUCCUCGAACAAAGUCAACACGCGGGAGCUGUACCGCUUCGAGUUCGAGGAGCGCGGGAUCGUCUUCAACUGCCCAAUUCCCCUCCCGAACCAGGAAUCAGCUCAAUCCCAGACGGCGAAGUCGCUCUCCUGUUCCAAGCCUAUUCGAACACAGUGCGCUUUUGUGACAUGAACACGACGCCACAUACCAAAGAAUCUAAUGUUGACAACUGCCUCCAGCUAAGUCUCAACAAUGAGGACAGAUCAGCGACUUCCAAACCGCUGUGGCAGUGGAUUAUCUACCAUCAAGGCUACCGUGCCGGCUUUCUGGCUCUCAACGUCCCGUUCAAAGACCUCGAUCUGGAGAAGCAGGACGACUUAUCUCCGGUCGCAGUCUCCAGGAUGAGAUUCCCCGCAUGGAGGGAUGGAGCAUCUACUGCGCCUUAG